UUUCAAUACAAUUUAUUGGAGUAGUAUUGUUGAUUUCUUCAAUGGUUAUGAUGUAUAGAACUAUUUAUAUGGAAGGGGAUAAAACAUUAAUACGGUUUUAUAUUAGGAUAAUUUUGUUUAUUUUAUCUAUAGUUUUUAUGAUUUUAAGUCCAAAUGUAGUAAGAAUUUUAUUGGGUUGGGACGGAUUAGGGUUGGUUUCUUAUUGUUUAGUGAUUUAUUAUAAUAAUUAUUCUUCUUAUAAUUCUGGUAUAGUUACUGUUUUAUCAAAUCGGGUAGGAGACGUAGGUUUAUUAAUGUGUAUCGGUAUUAUAACAUCUUAUGGUGGGUGGAGAGUAUUAAUUUUGAGUAAUAAUUCAUUAAUUAUAAUAAUAAUUUUUGUUGCUGCUAUCACUAAAAGGGCUCAAAUUCCAUUUUCUUAUUGAUUGCCUCAGGCAAUGGCAGCUCCUACACCUGUAUCAUCGUUAGUUCAUUCUUCAACUUUAGUUACUGCUGGAGUUUACUUGUUGAUUCGAUUCAAUGAAUUAUUAAUAAUAACUUGAUUUUCAGANUUAUUAUAUAUUAUUUCUUUAUUAACUAUGUUUAUAGCUGGCUUUAUAGCUAAUUUUGAGUUUGAUUUGAAAAAAAUUAUUGCUUUGUCUACUUUAAGUCAAUUAGGUUUAAUAAUAAUGAUUCUGAGUGUAGGGUAUAAAUAUGUGUCGUUUUUUCAUUUGGAAGUUCAUGCUAUUUUUAAAUCAUUAUUAUUUCUGUGCGCUGGAUCAAUAAUUCAUUUAAUAUCUAAUAAUCAAGAUAUUCGAUUUUAUGGUAAAAUAAAUGAAUUUAUUCCUUUUAUUAUAAUAAGGUUUUAUAUUUCGAGGAUUUCUUUAUGUGGAGCUCCUUUUAUAGCUGGGUUUUAUUCAAAAGAUUUGAUUAUAGAGAUUUUAUAUUUUAAAAGUUUAAAUUUAUUAGUUAUAUUUAUAAGAAUUAUUUCUUUGUGUUUUACUGUAAGUUACACUGUUCGUUUAGUGUAUUAUAUUUAUUUUG